UCUUUUUUUUUCAUUUUGCACACACAAAAGGUGUGUGUCUUGAGAGGUGUAUGGUGGUGUCUGACUUUUUAGGAAGUAGGGGCAUAUUUAUUUCGAAAAUGCCGAUUUUGAAGCGAAGCUGUUGUGGAUGUGAUCUCCAGAAUGGGUCUAUCAUUGUGGGAGUUCUUACAAUGAUCGGCGCACUGAUCUACUUCAUCUGCCUCGUCCUGGCCAUCAUCUUCAACGAAUGGAUCGAGGACAGGAUGGACGGCCUCAAGGAGCAGGGCUACAUCUCCUUCGACCUCACCGGCUUCAUGAGCUGGUUCGUGAUGCUGAUCCUGUCAGCGGUGCUGGCGUUUGUCUACAUCGUCUUCACCUGCAUAAUGAUGUACGGCUGCCGCGAGGAGCGCCGCGUGUUCCUGAUGCCCUGGAUGCUGAUGACGACGCUGGAGAUUUUCGCCAUGCUGGUGGGCAUCAUCAUGACGCUGGUCUCCCUCGGCAACUACCAGCCCGUCUACAGCGCCGUCACCGGCAUACUGGGCUUCAUCGCCUGCGGCAUCUACAUCUACAUGCUGCUGGUGGUGGUCAGCUACUACCAGUACCUCAAGGACACGCAGGACGGAUAUUAUCCGCCCACAGAGAUGAGCAAGCACUAACGCGGCGUCGGCAUGGCAACGGGACGGACAGUGACGUUGGCAUGGCAACCGGUGGCGUCGUCUGCAUGGCAACCGAGAAAGUGUCGUGGAGACGAGUCGCUGUUGGUAUGGCAACGAACGACUUCGGCGGCAAGAGGAGAGGAUUUGAGAUGCGAAAGGAAAGGUCUAAAGAAGGAAAGAAAGACUGAUAAGAAAGUAGAUAUUUCGCUGGGUUAAAGUUGACAAGCGUCUGGCAGUUUUGUCGGUUUGAGAACUAAGAGCUUUGGAGCAAGGAACGUUUUGCUACUGUUAUUUUGAAGUUGGGUGCAGUUAUUGACAUCAAUGAUUCAGAAGUUGCCUUAGAAUCGUUCGUGAAACGGAAUUUCACAAAUGCUGAAAUAUUAUCCAUUCAAUAGUGCCUUUCUUUUGACUUUAGACUUAACUGCAUAUUUGUUAACUGUGCGCACAAUUUGUGUCUUCUACAAGGCCCAUGCGAGCUAAUCCGUCAACACCUUUGUUAGGUGUGCCCACAGUAUUGGUCUUCCUAAAGAGAAAAAAGCUGGACUUACAAAUUGACUCCUUUGCGGGGCUGCAUGCUUCGAGCCACCGUACCAGUUACCGCGUCUGUGACUGGUCGCUUCCGAACUUUUUUGGGCAGCUCGGAAAAAUACUCGGCUUGGCUAGUUGGGAAAAAUAAUGCCUAUUGGCUAGGUCUGUUCAUGGCAUUACUAUUCGCUACCCUAGCGGCCGGUCUUCCGUGGUUUUUGGAUAUUCAAAGUGGUGUUAUAGGAAAAAGAGCGCAUUGGGUGGGGCUUUUUGUUCUCUGCCGCACUGCCAAGGCAUGUAGGUGCCGCUGUUCGUGUUAUCUAACACCAAGGCUAAUCAUUUGAGGCUUUAUGGGUGGGGUUAACAUCCCGUAACUUGUGGAUUUGGUGCCUUCAACUCUUGUUUGUCGGUUUCUAGGGCUGAAUUAAAAUCACGAAACUCGAGUCUCUAGUCAUGAAUGCGGGCUGUUUUCGUGAAAACAUUUCGAUCUUCUAAAGAUGGUGUGAGCUCCCCUAACGUUAUAACGGGUUUUGUUUUGAUGGCGCUGGUAUUUUGAUUACGUAACUGUUAAUCUCACUUAGGUUUACAAACAAGCUUGUGCACCUAACUGUCACACUAGUAUAAAACGGAAUCUCCCUUUGCUAUGCCUACUUUAUACUUAUAUGGUUUAAAAGUAUUUACAUUAUUUUGUGCUAUUGUUUAAUCCCCAAGCACACUUUAAGUAUAAAAACGAAUCUCUGCUAUCUCAACCAUAUAUUUAUGUUCACAUUUACCAUCAUGUACAUUUUGUGUGUAUCUUUUCUUGUGACUUGGAUGUUGAUCUGGGUAGUUUUAAGUUGGGAACGCCUUCGGGCUUACCUCUGCCUACUUUGCUCGUCUAAUGCAGUUCUUUGUGUGUAACGCGCGCGGCUAAUAUUGUGUAACACCUCUCAGUUGGCCCUUAUUUACAAGAAAUUGUUCUCAGACUGGUACCAACUAGGAUGGUUAAUCGUUUUGAUAGCCGCGACAAGAGUAAUCAGUUGAACUCCAAGUAAAGCCUGUCUUGGCGGCGGCUCUCUAAUUGUCGUUAUUCUUCUACAAAGACGGGAGAAGCGUUGCACUUAUGAAGCGAUUUCCUGUUAGCAUCACAAAUUUCUGUCGAAAAAAUGUCCGGCGUAGUGUUACUCCGACCCUGAUUGUUAGCUUCUGAGCUGGUGUGUGUUUGUUGUAGUGCGUUUUUGUGUGUUAGGUAACUAGCUAGUCGUGUUGCUGUCAGUAGUGAAAGCUAAUACACCGAUGCCGCGUCGGUCACAGGAUACUUACCCACCUCUACGGCGGUCGGCACAGCUACUUACCCACCUCUAUAAAGAGCAGCAGCUUUCUGGACGCCCCUAGCUGAGUAGUCAGUUAUUUACCCAGCACUUCAGCAGUACUCCAGCCGCGGCGGUACUGGCCUCGUUCACAGAAUUUGUACGGACGCUUACAAGUCGAACUGUUCAGUUAACACCCAGAGCAGCUUUUUAACAAUCUUUGUCUAAAUUCUGACAUUUUUUGGCACGCAACGUUAUACCGGAGUAACUUUUAUCGGUUUUAUCCGUCUUUACGGGCAGUUUGUUAGCGCAAAUUGUUAGAACAAAUUGUUCAGUUAUCUGUCACAUUCAGCGUCUUCCAUCUGCAAUUUAUCCAUAUACUGUCCGUGUCAGAUUGGCCUAUCGGAUCUAUUCGUGGGAUAUGGCAUUGUCUUCUACGCGACAUUGUGCCUUUCGUGCGAGCUAUCCUGUAUCGAUUGUUGUGUCAAUAUCUAUCCAGGCGGUGUCAAUGUUGCUCGCUGUACCGCGCAUUGUCGUUGCGUUUUCGGCGUGACUACUCUAAACUGUUAACAUGUCCUAGAAUGUGGACCAGCUUAGGCCUUACAGCGUGCUGUCCUCUUGAAAGGUUGCUUCCGCUGUUUUCUUUUUUAGGAAUCUGUAAGCUUGCACAUGCUGCUACGUAGGCGCUUUGCUGGUCGUCUUUGGGCACUUGUCCGGUGUUUUCGUGCGCCUUCGUCGGUAAGAUGUCCCGUGCCUUUGCUGCUACUGAUCCGUCGUGCUCUUAUACCGUGACGUACAACUGAAAACAGCCGUCUUUCUGAAUGUAAAAGGCCUUCCAUUAUAUCGACACUGUUAUAUAAUCACCAUCUGUUACAGUGUUUGGGGCACCUCUUGUGCAAAUGACUGUUAACCCGAUAUUCUAAGCCACGGUGACUAUAAAUAAUUCUAAGCGACACCGCCCGGUACAUAGGGAUCGCCGCGUCACAUCGAAACCGUAUUGAAUUAAUUUGCCGCGGAUAUUUGAGAAAGCAAGUGCGCAUUUCAAACGGAUUUUGUAUUGCCUUCAAUCGUCUGCAGCGCGCAUUUACUUGAUCACGUAUCUGUGGUAAAUGUCCGCCUGUUACGGUUCGACUUUACAUCUCCGACUGUCUGGCUUCAAAGACUGGAAUCCGUGGUAGAUAUUCUGCGGUAGUUUUGUGGUAGAUAACUAUUGGUAACCUGUGCAUGCUGCUUAUUUUUAUAGAAUAAACAUCGCUAAUACCAAAAA